ACUAGUGGUACAUAAUCAUAUUCGUUUGAGAGAGAGAGAGAGAUGGCUGUUGCUAUGGGAAAAGCAGUCUUCCUUGGGAGAUGCUCAACAUCUUCUCUAUCAAACACUGCAAUAUUUCGUGGCAGGAACAUAAAUAGGUUCUCUGCUGCGAGACCCAGACCGGCCCUACGCUCCUCCAUCGCAGCUCGAGCACAACGACCCACUUGGCUUCCUGGACUCGAUCCACCUCCUCACCUAGAUGGAACUCUAGCGGGAGAUUUUGGUUUUGAUCCUCUCGGGCUUGGAGAGGAUCCCCAAAGUCUUAAAUGGUAUGUGCAGGCAGAGCUCGUACAUGCUCGUUUUGCAAUGGCCGGAGUAGCUGGAAUUCUCUUCACUGACUUACUUCGUGUAACAGGAAUUAGCAACUUGCCGAUUUGGUAUGAAGCAGGUGCAGUAAAAUUCGAAUUUGCCAGCACUGAGACCCUAUUCAUUGUACAGCUUUUCCUGAUGGGGUUCGUAGAAACCAAAAGGUAUAUGGAUUUCACUAACCCUGGAUCCCAGGCCAAAGAGGGAACUUUCUUCGGGCUGGAAGCUGCACUAGAAGGCUUGGAACCUGGCUAUCCUGGCGGUCCUCUGCUCAAUCCUCUUGGUCUGGCUAAAGAUAUCAAAAAUGCCCAUGACUGGAAGCUCAAAGAGAUCAAGAAUGGGAGACUGGCAAUGGUGGCCAUGCUCGGUAUUUUUGUGCAAGCAUACGUGACUCAUGCUGGUCCUAUCGACAACCUCGUGACACAUCUCUCUAACCCGUGGCACCGAACUGUGAUUCAGAUACUUUCAGGCGUCUCACCCUGAUUCCUGAAUGCAAUUUGUCAUUAAUUUCUCCAAUUAUGGUUCUCACUUAUCACUUCUCAGAGAUCAUAACUUGGAUCUCCUCCUAGCAACAUGCAUCUAUCAUGUUAAAUUGAUAGUUUUGAAUUACCAUUUAUAGUUUUAUACCA